UUCCAUGGUGGGAUCUGCAAUCACUUUGACGUGCAACCUCCCGUUUGCAGGCCGUGGUUUUCACUACGUGCAGUUCACUACGGGCAGUUCUUACAAGAGGACGACUCGAGACCAAUUCUGGGAUACAAACGUCUCCGGAAAUCUGCUGAGAGAACAGAAAAAAUGUCACGAAACGGACCGAUUCUGAUCAUCGCACUGAUAGUGGCAAUAAAUACGGUGAAUGGUUUUCCGGACGGAGCGCCGGUCGAUGCAUGCGUUAAAGAGCGCCCGAAUCAGCCGUAUCAUGCACAGAUAAAGCCCCAGCCCGCAGGAACGAGUCCUUAUCAAAUCGUCCAAUCAUCCCGCCAAUACGCACCUGGCACACAAGUCACGGUGACCCUCCGCGGAGGUAGUUACUUCAAGGGUUUCUUCAUCCAAGCGAGGGACUCAAAGACCCACAAUUGGAUAGGAACAUUUGCCCACACCCCGAACACAAAAGUUCACGAUGAAUGCAGCGCAGUAACCCACGCUGAUCCCAAAGAAAAGGAGGAGGCAGCCCUCAUUUGGAAUGCGCCAACCACUGGCCAGGGUCAAGUAUACUUCACUGGAAGUAUGCUGAAGGAGUACGAUAUAUUCUGGGCUGAUCUUGUCUCUCAGUGAUGUCAAAAUGACUGAGGCAUGAGAGAAAAGGGAAGUCAGCAGUCAGCCACACCCCGAUCAAAAGGUUACACCUGCAAUUAGCCCAGUGGAAGAAGCCAGUGGACAGAUAAAUGGAUUCUCAAAGUAAAAAUAAUAAAAACCGUAUUUUUAUCCAUAAAUAUUCGUUCGGUUAACCACCGAUAAAUCCAAAGUUAUGUACGUAAUAAAAUGACAAACAAGGUAAA